AUGGACAGAGAGGUUGUUGAAAAGUACCUGGCUGCAUUGGGUGAGUACAAAUCCCCAGGCCAGAUAAUUAGUAGUGACAUAAUGAAGUAUUCCUGUUCAGCUGGCACUUCAGCAGUUGGUGCUGAAACCCAAACUCCCCUGGUCCUGUGGCCUGGAAUAGAGGAAGAACAACUGAAGAAGGAGCGUCAAAACCAGUACCUGCGAUACAGGCGCCUCUUCAUGGACAUUGAAAGAGAACAAGUAAAGGAACAGCAAAGACAGAAGGAGUGGCAGAAGAAAAUGGACAAAAUUAAGAAAGAAAAGGAGCACCAGCGCCUUGCAGAGGAACAGAAAAUGCAGGAGGCCGCUUCCCAUGAAGUUCCUAACUCUAGUGAAAAAGCUUGUGAAAAAUUGCAACAGCUUAAGCUAGAGGACAUGAAAGAAAAGAAAAAGAUAGCAGAAAAACGACAGAGGCACAAAGAAUAUGCAAGGUAUGUAGAAGCAUUACGAGCCCAGAUGGAGAAGAAAAUCAAAAUGUACAAUAUCACCUUGCCUUCCUUGUGCUUCUGUGGGUCAGAUUUCUGGGACUGUCAUCCUGAUAGCUGUGCCAAUAAUUGUGUGUUUUAUAAAAAUCAUAAAGCAUAUGCUCACGCUUUGAGAUCUGUGAUCUCCUCUUGUAAUGUUUUUGAUGGAGGUUCAGACACCAGACUCGCUGUUCACACGUUUGCUACUGUACAUGCUCGUUCUGAAAAGAAUUCUUAAAAGAUGGUGGUGCUUC